CAUACGGCGCAGAGGGCCGCGAAGACGCCCGUCCAGAUGAGAUAGCUGACAGAGAACUAGCAGAGGCACUUCAGAGGUCCAUACAGGAAAGCGGACAGCACUGAUGCAUUUGGAGACAGCUGGAGAGGGCCCUACCAACCAGACACUGCAGAUGGACAAACUACCUCACGGCAGCCCCAACCAUUUACAUUACCCAGAACCUUAGACCAAAUGUCCUCAUCCACCUCCCCUUCCCAAAGCCCUUCCUCUGGCCAGCCCCAGACCCUGGAUCGCUCUCAGUCUGCCCCGGCCACCAUGGAGCAGACCUCAGCACCAGGGCGGUGCCAGGACCACUCUGGCCUCCAGGAGCUUCCUCUGCCUUCAUGCUCAGCAGAGGAUGCUAGUUCUAAACCUCAUCAGGUCCACCCUCACCCUCUGCCUGGCCAUAGCAACUCCAAAGUGCCCCCUGUACCCAGUCCUUCAACAGACGUCCUCCAAACAAGUACCCCCACUGUAGACGGGACUAGCACAUCCCAGAAUCCAGGGUGUGAGGUACAGCAUGGAGCCACAGAGGGAGACGCUGAAUCAGACAAGGUGGUGAACAGUUCAGAGGAACUUUCCCCUAUUCAACCCAUGGAGCAGGAGAUGAUUGAGCCUGACACAGUCGAUGCCACAGAAGCCUGUACAGAUGCUCCUAGCCAGUGCGACUCUGUUGAGAUGGGGUCCCCCACUGCAUCCCAGGGAGUGGUGUCAUCCGAGAGGGACCAGCCUGAAGGAGAGCACAGCUCCAGCUCAGACAGCAUCCCCUCGCUGGCGGCCGCCCUAAAGGAGCUUCACGAGCUACUGGUGUCCAACAACCGGGCUCACUCUCAGAACCGCAGCGCCUCCUGCUCCCCGUCACAUCCAUUCAAACAGGAAAUAGACGAAGUAGCCCCAGAACCGCGCACUCCGACACCUGAAAACACCCAUCCCAUCCCUUCUACUGACAUCACAGCCGGUGCAGAACCAAGCGAUGCCAAAGCCAACCAUGCUGCUGCUGUGUCUGAUGAGGGCCCAUCUAAGUGUCCUGCGCCUGAUCUCUCUGGCCAAGAUGAGCAUCUGGACAGAGAUACAGCAGAGACUGUGGAAGGACAAGGACCGCCACAGUGUCUAGAUGGCUCCGGGGAGAGGAGGACAGAUAGUCGAGGGGAAGAUGAAGCCAAUAACAUCAGUGUUUUUCAGCCUGAGCCAGAGGUUCCCCCUGAUCCUGCAGGGGACCUGGAGUUCAGGGAACCUCCUGAGGGGCAGCAGGGGAGAGGGAUUGCAGAUGGACGAGCAUCUGGCACCAACACCCCAGACACUCUCGGCCUCCAGACUGAGCACAAUUUCCUCAGCCCUCUGUCUAUGGCAGUGGGCUCACCUGAGGAAGUCUCUAGCACCUCGUCCCCCUCUUCCACCCCUCUUGCUCAGGCUCCUCAGCUUGCAUCUCCAGCCCCUCCUCUCCCUUCUCCGCAUCCCUUUAUAGAACAAUUUCCAGCUGAGCACAUCCAGAGAAUCCAGGCAGCGGGCUUUUCUGCCAUGGAGGCUGCCGAGGCACUGGAAAGAGCCCAUGGGGUUGUGGAGCUAGCUCUGCUGGCACUUCUAGCCCGCAGUAUCACUGUGCCCACCUAGACUCACAACCAGUCAUACGAGUCCCCAGCCUCCCAACUCAGCAUCUGUCUUAUUUAUACCUUGUUACUGAUCCAGAUGUCUCAGUCCCUCCUGAGCAGGGAGCACGUAUAAACACAGGGAAGAACAAACAGGACAACUGGUAAUACUUUUCUGGAUAUUGCAGAUAUGUGAGGUGUGUUUGCAUGCAGAUGUUUUGGGUGCCCACCCAUUUCAUUGGUUUUUAGAGAUUUGGUAGAUUGAUUUAUUUUUCAUGUUUUUUCGUCCAACAUUGACACAUUAUUAAAUGCCCAAUGUGUGAUUGAUUCUUGAGACAUUUAAAAAAUAUAUAAUUUGCCCUUUGAUAUGUCAUAAGAUUAUUGUUGUUUAAGUUGUGGAGCAUCAAUAAAAUAAAAAAUAAAAACUCAAGAUGGAGUAGCACUACUCCUCUCCAUCUCAGAUCAACUGUCUGGUAAGCUUUAGAUGAUUCAGCACAGAUGUUGACAUUUGAAGCAAUUUGCUGAUAAAUAAAGCAUUAUAUUGAUUUGUCCCUUCAGCUUGAAAAUCACUACCCAAUGUUGGAGAAGCUACAUUGUGGGAAUUUCUGCAGUUUAGAAGGGUUGAUCAAGUUUACAAUUAAUUUCUCCAGAUAAGUGGAAACCCUCACAUACACGGCCGUUAUUGAGAGAGCCACAAGUGUGUUUGUUGAUGUCUGAUGGUAGGUGGUGUUUUUGGGGUUCUGUAUGUGAACUGGAGAAGGUAUCUUGUACUGUAUGUAUCAUUCUCCGAAGUUUGAGAGCUCUGCCAUGUGUAGGUUACAAAUCUGUUCGUAGCUCCUGUUCCGAAAGUCCUUUUUAUUCUGUGUCAAAUCAUCAUAGUGUGUAUGUUCAUAUCGUUUAUAAAACACCCAUUUUAAUUUUGUUAUCUGUUAGAUGAUGGCCAUUUGUGCCUGUCAAAUGUUUUGUCAGUUCAUCAUAUAUCAAGUAUUCAAAUGGCUUUAUUUGAGUCAUAUACCAACAAUGUUCAGGCAGAUUGAAUUAUCUACUUUUAUCUUGUAUGAAAUUUUAAAUUGCAAAUAAAAUGGAACUAGUAUUUGUACA